UAGCUGUCAGUAGGAAAUGCAGGCGGUUGGUGCUGGAUGUACCCCUGCCGCUGUGCUUGGAUAAAUUAAACAAAGAAAGUCCCUUCUGUUACAGAAUGAAAACUGUUACUUAGACGAUUGCUUGAAUUUGGUGGUCGCAGCGACUCCGCAUGUCUAACCGAGGUAACGGAGACAUCCAGCUAGCUGGCUAGGCUAACAGAAACAGAACACUAUCAGCGCUAAUGCUUAUAGUAACAUCAGGCUAAAAUAAGCUAACUUAGCUAGCUGGUAACUUAGCUAGCUAGCUCGCCGAUAGCAGGACUUUUGCUCUUCCAGAUCCUCACACCGUUCAGCGGCUCCUGCCCCGUCUCGCUCUUUCGUGUUUCAGUUUCACGGAGGAGGUUGCGGAACCGGAGCUGUGGCGGGGCGACGUGUGGACAGGAACCCCCUGGCUACCCAGGCGGACGAUUCACAGUGACACGCCGGUCUUGGGAGAGAUCAGAGUGGAACCAUGGCCGAACUCUCCACCUUAUCCCCAUCACCACCUGCACUAGGUGAUCCUCAUGCAGCUCCCUCCAUCCCUCCGUCCUCAUCAGCGCUCCCUGCUCCCAACAGCCCUGCUCUAGAGUCUUUACCCAAGUCUGCCCUCUAUAAUGACAAAGCUUUGACUGGAAACGCUUCUGCAGCACGGUCAGGGGGUUCACCCUUGACUCCCCAUCCACCCUUGAGUCCUCCUAAAAUCACUGCUGAGACCCCCCUCCCAUUAUUGGUACAUGAAGCUACUCCACAGAGAGGGGAAUCGACAGGGAAGGAUGUAGAAACUGGAGCUGUUACUAAGCUGGAGACAAUGUCCAUUGGCCCAGCUGCUGCAGAGCUCCUGAAUACUGAAACAGAGAUCCCCUCAAGUGAGCCAUCGGCUCAGAGUGAAGUGCAGCAGGCAUCCCCUUCUCCUGAUCUCAAUCCUGGUCCUAAUCUUUACCCCAAUGUACGUGUUACCCACAACCCAAAUCCUGUCAUGGAUGGUGGUCAGUUUACAGCAGGCCAACCCCAAGCCAGUGCAGGUUCCGAUCCCACACCUGCUCCUCCAGCAUCCACUGAUACGGCAGCAUCAGCUACAGAUGAAGAGGAGAAACCUCAGCCACUUCAACAAGCACAAAACCCUCAAAGUCAGCCUCCCCCUCUGUCCCCAAAGCCUGGCGCUCCCAACGAACCAGGGAAAGCAGAACUGCCCAGCACCCCCACCAGAGCCGAACACCCGAGCCCUACUGUCCCACUGAUCCAUGAGCCGGCCUGUGCCCUCCCGCUGCACAACCCCAACCCCCGUCCGGCCCCAGAUACCCUCAGCUACCUGGAGUCAGCCAGCCUUAUGUCAGGGACAUUGGAGUCUCUGUCUGGGCUUGGAGAGGAUGGGAGCUCUAUUGGCUCAGACUCGGAGAUCAACGGCCUGACUGUCAGACGCACUGAUAAAUAUGGCUUCCUAGGUGGGAGUCAGUACAGUGAAGGCUGUGACAAGGAAGUUCGAGUUGAAGUUGCCAGACAGAGGGAGAUGAAAUGGAUUGAUAUGUUCAACAACUGGGAUAAAUGGGUAAAACAUCGCUUCCAGAAGGUGAAGCUGCGCUGCAGGAAGGGCAUUCCAUCUUCUCUCAGAGCCAAAGCCUGGCAGCUGCUGUCCAAUAGCCAAGACCUCCUAGAAGCCAACAGAGGGAAAUUCGAGGAGCUGGAGAGAGAGCAGGGAGAGGCUAAAUGGCUGGACAUUAUAGAGAAGGAUCUUCACAGACAGUUUCCCUUCCAUGAGAUGUUUGCUGCUCGUGGUGGCCACGGGCAACAGGAUCUGUACCGGAUCCUGAAAGCCUACACCAUCUACCGGCCUGAUGAGGGAUACUGCCAGGCUCAGGCUCCCGUGGCUGCAGUGCUGCUCAUGCAUAUGCCUGCUGAGCAAGCUUUUUGGUGCCUCGUCCAGAUAUGCGAGAAGUUUCUCCCUGGCUACUACAGCGCUGGGCUGGAAGCGAUCCAGCUGGAUGGCGAGAUCUUCUUCUCCCUGUUGCGGCGCACGUGUCCAAUGGCAUACCGUCACCUUAAGAAGUUCAAGAUUGACCCGAUUCUCUACAUGACUGAGUGGUUCAUGUGUAUCUUCUCGCGCACCUUACCAUGGGCCUCUGUACUGCGUGUAUGGGACAUGUUCUUCUGUGAAGGAGUGAAAAUAGUGUUUCGUGUGGGCCUGGUGCUACUGAAACAAAUGCUUGGCUCUGUGGAUAAACUUAGAGAACUUCAGGGCAUGUAUGAAACCAUGGAGCGUCUGAGAAACAUUUCACCUGACACUAUCAGAGAGGACAUAUUGGUACAGGAGAUUAUUACGCUCCCAGUGACAGAGGCGCUCAUAGAGAGGGAGUGCAGCAUCCAAGUGAGGAAGUGGAGGGAGUCCAGAGGUGAGCUGACACAUCAGCCGGGCCGCCGGCUCCAUGGUACGAGAGCCAUCUAUGAGUACAAACGACGCGCUGCCGCCAUCAGCUCCGGCGGCAGCUUCUCCUUCCUGGGAAGCCCGAUCCCUCCCCCGGGACCACUCAGGGCCUCUUCCAGCCUCCUGUCACUCCCUGGCUUCCGCAAGUCUAAGGUUCCUUUCCACUCCCACACCAAGAAGGGCUCCUUCUCAGGGCCGUCAGGAAUGGAGAGCCUGCCGCUUCAGUCGUCACCUGCAGUAACAUCAAGCCCGGGCCGAGGCCCCAGCCAUAAGCCCCCCAUUCCCCCAGGGGCAGGGCAGAGGUCACCAGCACCUCAUGUUCAGAGCCCCUUGGUGGGGAGUGCGGCCGGCUUAUCACGCGGGCCCGCUCCGCCCUCAGAAGGCACUUCAGCACAGGGACAGCCUGCAGCUUCAGCCCCAGUGCAAAACACACCACCACCCAGCGCUCUAUCCCCCUCACCCAAAAUCGUCUCUGAGCAAAUUACUCCAACGAUCCCCUCUCCUACUGCAAACAACGCCCCUCUGCCCCCAUGUCCAGAUUCAAAGAAAGAAGCGGUGCCAGCGGCUGAUGCCACAACUGGAGAGGAAGAAGGAAAGAAGAAGAAGAAAAGCAGAGAAGACAAGAAGAAGGAAAAGGAAGAUGAGAAGAAAAAACUGAAGGAAAAGAAGGAAAAGGAAAAGGCUGAGAAAGAGAGGCUGAAGAGGGAGAAAGAGAAGCUAGAAAAAGAGAAGAAGAAAGGGGGUAAGAAAAAGGACAAAGGGGGAGGAGAGGCUGAAGACAAAAAUGGAGCUGCAGCAGCGAGAGAUUCGGCCUAGUUUUCCACCCCAUCAUUCCAGGAUAAUGAAAAGGGACGCUGAACAAAAAAAGAGGUCAGGGGAACAAAAGACCCCCAGAAACAGAGAGUGAUUAAUAUAAAAAAAUGGGAUGGCUUUCUGUAUAAUGCAUCAUUUCAAAGACUUAAUGUAGUCCCAGGACUAUGGUGGAGAAAACUGGAUCAUGGUUUUAAUAGCACCUCGGGGAGCUUUUUGCCCCUCGCUCUAUGCUUUCUUUUUCACCAAGUUUUAUUAAGAUGGGACAAAUUUCCUUUUUCAACUGGAGCACAGGCUGUGAAUCUGAAUAAUUUUUCAGAGGUCAUUCACAGUCAUUAUCUCUUUUAGUUUUUUUUUUUUUUUUUAAUUCUUUUUUUUUCUCUCAUUUUUAUUAUUUUUAAUCAGAUUGAUCGCAGUGGUUAGAGAAACAUCGACCCAAGGGAUUGUUGAACCGAACGUUGUCAGAAAUAGUUACGGUGCCAUAGAGUGUGUAAAUAAAAAGUCUACCUAAAGUACAUAGGAUGUUGUUAGCACUCCACACACCCGUCGGAUUAUCUGGAUGACUGGAAAAAGAAAAAAGAAAACCCUUGGAAGUCGUCUCGAAUGCAGGCACUGAAGACAGAAAUGUUAGUAAUGUUGUUGAGGAUGUAUUUAUUGUCAUGUUAAAUGUUGUGAGUGAGUGUGUGCCUUAGUAGUGAUAGUGAAAUGUGUUACUGUUCUAUGUGUGGCCUCCCGGUUUUCAGUUUCCCUUUGCCUGCUUAGAAUCAUUGAAUCCUUUCUGUGGUUCUUCCCAAACCUUAACUUUCUCCUGUCAUUGGACUAAAUCUAACUAGUGACUGACAAAAAGAGGGAGAAAAUUAAAAGUACACCCAGACACCAUGAAGUGGUAGUUAUUUUUAAUAUUUCAUUUAUGUGUGUGUUUUGUUUUGUUUUUUUGUCUCUUGACAAAACACACAGGGAGAUUUUUGUUUUUAUUUAAGGCCCCAAUUUCAUUUUUUUUUUGUGUCUGAGGUUGAUUUUUGCAAAAAAAAAAAAAAAAAAAAUGGGCCAACACCCAGCAGUGACCGUACACGAGUCCUGCAGACCAAAUGUCCAUCUGUACAAAUUAGUAUUAUUUUGCUUUCAACGAACAAAAUCGUAUAUGCAUGUAUUUAGCCAAAUUUCAAUAUGGGUAAGAGCUUAAGUUCGUCAACCCAUUAGAAUGUGAUUUCAACUAUCUUAAGUGAAUGAAGGAUGAUUUUUGCACUUGUGAUUUUGUCACAAAGCACCACUGAAGUUGCCCUCUCCGUUAGCAUAGUGACGUAGAACACGAGAGUCUCAGCUGGCCGGUUUCACAGUUUGAAAGCUGCGCCUCGAGGACCUAUAGGAAGCCACUUGACUGGAGGUGCCAGGUGUGCCAAUGUAGCAUUAACCUCUGAUCUUUGACCUUCGGGCUCUGAUGUAUUUAUGUAUAAAGUGGUUAAUUUAAUCAAAUAUAGUAUAUUAUGAAUUAUUAUUAUUAUUAUUAUUAUUUUGGAUCUGAGUAUUUUUCUAUGUGAGUAAGAGACACCUGGCUGACUGGAAUGAUGGCCGACUACACGGUGUAGUUGCAGGGGGAUCAUUUAAAGUGUUUAUUUUUGAUUUCUCUUUUUCUUUUGCACGUUAAGUCCUCUGCUUCUACACGAACAAACGCGAUGCAUGUCUGUGCUAUUGUUUAAGUUAACUGUCAUUGUUGCUUUGGUCAGCUGAGGUUCACGAGUCUCCAGUUUACUGAAGUGCAGUAUUAAACCAACUUGAGUGCAAAAAAUGGAUCUCUAACAGAACAAACCGUGAGAUGAGUGACACAGACAGAACACUUUGGGAGUUGAAGGUCUUAAUCGUACUGUAUAAUAUACUAAGAGGUGAUUUUUGAGCUUUGAAUAGUUCUUUAAUUGAAGAUCUUAAGUAUGUCUGUCUCACCAGGUUGUGUUGUAACAUUCAUAAUGGCUUAUGGACUAACUCCCUAACCUAUUUACACUCAGUGUCUUGUACUGUAAUAUAUUUAUGCAUACGUUGAACGGCACUGAACCCCAUCAGUAUACGAUGAAUAGUGCCAGGUAGUUAGCGUAAAACUAUUUGAUGGCAAAAAACAUUGAUGCUCUUUAACUGUACUGUUUUCAUAGUUAAAGGAUUAGAGGGACUUGCGUGUAAUUGUAGCCAACAUGUCCUCCCAUAGUCACUGUUUUUCACUUAUUUCAAGUCUUUACAUGGCUGUCAUUGAAAUGUAUAAAUAUCACACACUCACUCCCUCCUCUAUCUUGACGCCAGUGCAUCUCUACGCACAGAUUAGUGUAGUGUUAGUGAGGGAAAUCUGAACACAUCUAUGCAAACCUUCCUCCAUCAUGACUGAUAGUGUGUGGUGACAGCAGCACUGAUUUCUCCUCUGAUUGUGAUGAUCACAUGGGUACCAUGGGAAAAAAUGAAUUUUGUGCUUUGGUAGGUUUUUUUUUUUUUUUUUUCUUCUGAGCACACUUUCAGGCCCGUGGACUACAAUACUUUAUGAGCAAUACGUCCUCGCAGCUCAUGUCUUGAAAAUAACAUCAUUUCUCUCAUUGUUCAGAGGUGCUCGAGAUGUCGCGAUGAUCGAAUUCAUCUCCUGCUAGCUUGUGAUUUCCUCCUGUGGAAUCGGCACUUAGCUCUGCAAUAUUGAGGACGAAUCAAGAAAUCCACUUCUAUCAGGUCCUUUAGUGCAUUUCCGCAUUGAUCCUGAAAUCGUCGCUCUUGAUUUCAGUUGAUUGGGAAUGACCCUACUGAUGCAAACAUCGACAAAAGCAUUUCAGCUGUUUCUUUUCCUCCCCAUGCCGUUAAUGUCUGUUGUGUUUUUAAGUUUACAUGUCAGUCUCUCUCUGGCGAAAGUGAAAAUAAAAAUCAUAGCUAAUUGAAUUCAUUCCUUCGGAUCUACAACUGAUGUAUUUAAUUGAUGAUGAUAAUGACAUUUGUGAUGAGUAAUAAACCAUAAUAUAUUAAA